AUGCGGCGUGCAUUCAUUCCUCGAGCUCGUGCUCCAAAGGCUUUACAGAAUUACACUCAUUUGGAUAUCUUUACACAACUUCAGUUAGGGAUUCACCCACCAUUAAGUGCGCAACGUCAGUUUAUUCAACAACAUUUUGAAGAAGAGAUGGAACGUCGUGGUAUUACAGAGGCUAAAUUAUUAGCAAUGGAUGGUCGUCUCUGUACACGACUUCUUCGACAAUUAUUAUUUGAACGAUAUCUUUCAGUUCCAUUUCGUCUCUUUACAUUUGAUUUGGAGUUUACAGGACCACCUGUAUUUGGACCAGAUGGUCCUACAGAAGAAAUUAUGGAGUUUGGUUUUUAUUCUCCUGCCCAUGAUAAGGUGUUUUCAUGUUUGGUACGUCCUAGAAAAGGGCGACGUAUCUCACCAGAGGUAACGACAUUAACAAACAUUACAGAAGAAAUGUUACAACGGGAUGGUUUACCCUUUCCAGAAGCGUGGAAAAAGGUGAUGGAUGUACUCUUAACUCCAGAACCAGAGGAACUGCCUGGUGCAGAGGAGAGACUUUUAGUAUUAAGUCAUGGUGGAAAACUAGCAGAUGUUUCUUUAAUAAAAUGGACAUUAGAAGCUCACGGUAUGGAACUUCCACCAUCGUUAGUAUUUGGAGAC